AUGCUGGGGGCGGCGAGCGCACUGCAGCUCCUGCUGGCGCUAGCCACGGCCGCGGCCGCGGCCGGCGCGCCGCACGAGGUCUUCACCAACUCGUUCCUGGUGCGGCUGCGGGGCGCACCGGGCACCGCCGUCGCCGACCAGGUGGCGGCGCGCACCGGCUUCCUCAACCUGGGGCCGGUGCUGGGUUCGGACCGGGAGUUCCACUUCGUGCACCGCGCGCUGCCGCACGCUCGCAGCAAGCGUAGCGUCCCGCACGUGCGCCGCCUCAAGGUGGACCCCCUGGUGGAGGCGGCGGUGCAGCAGACGGGCUUCCGGCGCGUGAAGCGCGGCUACAAGCCGCUGCGCGUCGAGAACCUGGUGAAAAACAUGCGGCCGCAGCGCGACCCGGCCGACCCCUACUUCCCCUUCCAGUGGUACCUCAAGAACACCGGCCAGAACGGCGGCAAGGCCAAGCUCGACCUCAACGUCGAGGCCGCCUGGGCACAGGGCGUCACCGGCAAGAACGUCACCACCGCCAUCAUGGACGACGGUGUGGACUAUAUGCAUCCAGAUCUCAAACAUAAUUAUAACGCUCGCGCCAGCUACGACUUCAGCAGCAACGACCCCUACCCGUACCCGCGGUACACCGACGACUGGUUUAACAGUCACGGGACCCGUUGUGCUGGCGAGGUGGCAGCUGCCAGAGACAACGGGGUCUGCGGUGUGGGCGUGGCCUAUGACUCCAAGAUAGCUGGUAUCCGCAUGCUGGACCAGCCCUACAUGACGGACCUGAUUGAGGCCAAUUCGAUGGGCCACGAGCCGAACCUGAUCGACAUCUACAGCGCCUCCUGGGGGCCCACGGACGACGGCAAGACGGUGGAUGGGCCGCGCAACGCCACCAUGCGAGCCAUCGUCCGGGGCGUCAACGAGGGCCGGAACGGCCUGGGCAACAUCUACGUGUGGGCGAGCGGCGACGGCGGCGAGGACGACGACUGCAACUGCGACGGGUACGCGGCCAGCAUGUGGACCGUGUCUAUCAACAGCGCCAUCAACGACGGCCAGAACGCGCACUACGACGAGAGCUGCUCCUCCACGCUGGCCUCCACCUUCAGCAACGGCGCCAAGGACCCCAACACCGGAGUCGCGACGACGGACUUGUACGGCAAGUGCACGACGACGCACUCUGGCACGUCAGCGGCCGCUCCGGAAGCGGCAGGCGUCUUCGCGCUGGCGCUGGAGGCCAACCCGCAGCUGACGUGGCGGGACAUCCAGCACCUGACGGUGCUCACGUCGAAGCGCAACUCACUGUUCGACGCGAAGCGGCGCUUCCACUGGACGAUGAACGGCGUGGGCCUCGAGUUCAACCACCUCUUCGGCUUCGGCGUGCUGGACGCUGGCGCCAUGGUGGCGCUCGCCAAGCAGUGGCGCACCGUGCCCGCCAGGUUCCACUGCGAGGGCGGAUCCGUCAACGAAGCGCACGAGAUCCCGUCCCGCGGCCCACUGGUGCUGAAGAUCUCGACGGACGCGUGCCGCGGCACCGACACGCAGGUGGACUACCUGGAGCACGUGCAGGCCGUCAUCACGCUCAACGCGUCGCGACGCGGGGACCUCGAGCUCUUCCUCACCUCGCCCAUGGGAACCAGAUCGAUGAUCUUGAGCAGGCGUGUUAAUGAUGAUGAUCAUCGCGAUGGGUUCACCAAAUGGCCAUUCAUGACAACUCACACAUGGGGAGAGUAUCCGCAGGGCACAUGGACAUUAGAGGUUGGCUUCAAUUCACCAAUACCACAAACAGGUUUCCUAAAGGAAUGGACUCUGAUGCUGCAUGGCACACGUGAUCCACCAUACAGUGAGCUACCUGUCACAGAUCCACACUCCAAGCUAGCCAUUGUGAAGAAGGCCCAUGAAGAGCGCAGCAAGUUGUAGGACUGCCCAAAAGCUGUGACCUUAUAACAUAAUAGCUGUAGACAUGGUAUGCCACUUUGAUACGAUGGCUAAUUACACUAAACCCACUAAUAUAUAGUUCUCUGGCAUCAAACACAACAACAUUCUGAGAUGUUUAAAAUAACUUCCCUUCCUCUGUAAAAUUAUUUGGUUUGGCAAGUAAGUCACAAGACUUGUUAAUUUUUAUGUUUCAUAACAUACAAUCAAGCCCCAAAGUUCCUACCAUGUCUCACACCCAAAUAGAGCAGAUUCCUGGAAAUACUUAUAAAAAUUCUUCAUCCAUAAUUUUCUUCUGAGCUCUGCUGUGUUGGUACCAAUAUUAUUUGGGUAAUGUUGGUGUUCAACAAUAUGCAAAACUUUUACUUAAUAUAUUGUGCAGGUUUCCAUAUUUUAACUGAAUGCAACACAGCAGCUGCAAUUCUGUUUCCAAAAGCAAAGAAGAAAAAGCUUCUUUCGUACACCUACCUUCAUGUAGACAAAAUGAAUUUGAGGUAGAGAGUGCAAACCAAUAUGGAAAUUAAUAGACUUUCAUAUCUUACCUACAAAUUACAGAUCUGCAUCAAACUUAUUCACCAAUAGUGUAGAACGUAUAACAGAGUAAUAUGGUGAGAAAAGAUCAUUUAGCACAUUACAUCAGUAGUUGCCUGAAUAAAAUUAUGGGGAAAAUGGUAAAUACGAGAGUCAAAUAUUCAAUUUAGAAAGAUUGGAUCUGAGAAUGAAGACAAUGAUUGUAUCAUUACAUAAAAAUGAAAGGUUACUUCUCCCCUUGAUAAAUAGUCAAGAAUUUUGAACACAGCAGGCCUUUAGGCUUCUGAACUAUUUAUGAAAAUGUUUUGAAGUCACUAUGAAAGCAAAUGUAUUAAAUCAAAGACAGGGAGAAAAAAAUUGGAAAUUUGGGGAUCACUCUUAAAUGAAAAAUUUCAUUUCAUGUUUAUUAAUUAAGUUAGUAAGAGAAAUAUUCCUAGUACAAGGGAAAAAAUUUUGAGCUGUCGACAAAAUAUGCUGUAAUACAAAUGUUCUAAUGGUUUUCUCAAUUAGCAGUACUAGUAGAGUUAUUUCAGAAUACAAAAUAAACUAUUACUUCAGUUAGUUCAUUUAUUAUGCAAAGCUCAUUUUCUCUUCAAGUCUUUAUAUGAUGACUAAGUAUGUUUCCAAAAAGUUACAGUUUUAAAUUAUUAUUAGACUGAAUAUUUUACACGUUACUGUUUUCCACAUGCAGUGAGUAAAUUAUGUCACUAGCACCAUAUGCAUACACAAAGUCUGAAGAAAUAAUAUGCAACAAAUAUAAUCACUCACUUGGUAAGUGGUUGAUUAACAGGGUACACACUGUUACAUAAUCCCAGCUGGUAUGCCUACCAUUUGUUUGACAGCUUUUCCCUACUAUGUCUGAGAAAUGUCAGUCUGCCAGUGCACAAAAGGUUUUGUCCAUCAAAAUGUGUUACAGAUUAUGCAUCUAUAGACAGAUAUUUUUCUGUAAUUCAUUAUUUUAAAAUAUUUCAGUCUAUUUUCUUCAAACCUGUAAUUUCAAUGAAAAACUUAAGCUUAGAUAUGCAGCUAUGGCUAAAAUUAAUAUUCUUCACAUUACCAUAAAUGCCUCUGAGUAGGAUUUCAUACUUAUUUGCACUCUUUACCUCUGAUACUCCUCUUUUAUUUAAAAAAGAAACUGUAGAAAUAAAUAGCAGUAAUUAGUACCUUAUUUUGAGAGCAAUCAAGCUGUUGGACAAGAUUGGUGAGCAUUAAAAUGAGUAUCAUUUUUACAUACUUUUUACUUUCCAAAAUCAUUGCAGAGUACUGAACUCUGUAUGAAAGUAUUAAAUGUUUAUUUUGUGAUACAUACAGAUUACGCAUUACUGUACCUGCUGUUAUUUAUUUAUUUUUCCUCAGAGACUGUUUCCUGUAAAAUGAAUUAUUGUAUCUGGUAGAUUGUUGUUAAUAUCAAAGUGGAGGUUAAAUUCUAUUUUUAUAAUUUUAUUCUUUUGUUAGUGAAUUGUUAUCUGGAGCACAAAUGUUUCAUUCUGCAAAUAAAAACAAACAGUAUCUCUACAAAUGAGAAUCAAACUUACUGUUUAAGACAAAUAUCACUACAACAGUUUUCUUCUUUCGUUACCUGUUCUAAGAAUAAAUUUAUGAACAGUUCAGUCAUUCCCUGUACAAUAACAUAGCAUGAAAGAGCACUGUAUACAGCAUAUGUGGGCGAUGAAAUCCUAAAUAGUAGUUCUUAAUAUGCUUCAUGCAGUAACACUCUCUGUGAAAACAAAUCUCUCUGAAUUUCAUAAUCAGAUGUCAUUGUGGCUGAACUGUCAAAAGUACAAAUAAAUGUCAAGCUCUAGGAAGCCUGAUGUUAUCUACUUUUAUGCUAAAUUAUUGCUUCUCUUCCAUUCAUAACUAUAAGUAUAAAGUUCUUCUGUCAAUGUGUGAUAACUCACCUUCUGGAAUUAUAUAACGACUUUGACACUUCCCUCUGUAAAGAAUCUUCCUGUAACUGUUCAACAGAAUGUGUUUUGUUAGCUGAUCUAUGUUAUCAAUCUGACGUAAAUAUUACCAGAGUGAAAAUUUCUUUUUAUUUCUGUACAAAUAAAAAUAAAUUAUGUUCCUUCCAAACAAUCCAGAUAUUAUUUCCCCUUUUUAAAGUCUCAUACCAAAUAUCAUUUUAUAAUGAAGUUCAUAGUACAUAUAUUUCCACAUGUAAAAAGAAACAAUUUUUACAAUAAAUGAAAAUUGGCAACUACUUUUUUCACUCAAAAUCAAGAACAAUUUGUCAGUGCAGUGCAUCAUGGAAACCUUUCCUUUUCUUUAUAACAGAUUAACGUUGACACUGUUGAUGUUUUUCCUCUCUUUCUAACAGCUGAAUAUCUGAGUUCUUGGUUUCAUGUUGAUCAAAUAACCAAAUGGCCUUCAUAUUACAAUCAGUUAACCAACUUAAACAUCCUUAACUAGUAAUAUGAGGAGCCAUUCAAAUCAGAUAAAUAAUGUUUCUUCCUCUAAACAACUACCUAACUGAGCCAGCUAUUCAAUUGCUUAGCUGAAUUAUCUUCUAUGCCUGCAUGAGAUUAUGAAUGGUAAAAAGUCUUGCUACAAAAAAAAUGAUUAUUGCUAAGCCAGCUGCCAGCAAAUGGCAUCCUUCUGUCCCUUCCCCUUUCAUAUUCCCCUCCCUCUUCCUCUCUCUCUCUCUCUCUCUCUCUCUCUCUCUCUCUCUCUCUCUCUCUCUCUCUCUCUCUCUAUCUAUCUGUCUGUCUGUCUGUCUGUCUGUCUACCUAUCUGUCUGUGUAUUCAUACCUGUCUCAUUCUCUCUCCUGAUGGUAUCAUAUAACUGUGAGAGUACCAAUGGGAAACAUAGUGGAAAGUUGAAAAUUUUGUGGAGAAACUGGAGUAGAACACCGUUUUCCAUUUUCCAUUCUUCUCUUGUCCCACAUUGUGCAUAAUUUUCCAUGAUCUUAUCUUAUUCAUGUUUCUUGCCUCCCAUGUGCUCAGAUUAGCCCACUGCUUGCACAAAGUGAACUGAAUCACCAGAAGUAAUAUGAAUGGAAGUUCAGCAGCUCACAAUAACCCUUUCCUUUUUGCAUCUUUCUUCACUGUUAUGUAGUAUCUUAAUCAUGACUGAUGAUCUGAGUUGUUGCUUUCAUUUCCUCUAUAAUGUUCUGUUCUCUACAAUCACAAUUAAAAUGUGACUAGAUUUAUGGAACAAAGCUGUUUCUUUCAUGGAAACAAACACAUUACAGAAAACAUACUCAGAAAGUUAAAAGUAAUUAACAGUCUGUCACUUCCAGAUUAAGUAUUUCAUAUUGAAAUUUUGGAAAAUUCUAGUCAUUUUUGAGACUGUUUACUGCAGAAUUUUUGGUGUAUAACUAUAAUAAAAGUGAAUUAAUUGUAAAGCUAAAUUAACUGUUCAUAUCAACAAAGUCUCCAUUAUUACAAAUAUUUUUAAUUUACAAUUUACAUCCAUACUCAGAUUACCUAAAACUCAGUUCACAUAAAUGCCAAAAAAAAUGGCGAGGAGAAAAUAGUUUUAUUUUUGUGAAAUGAAAUUGACAUAAACAAUUUGGAAAUGUAUCAGACUAAGUAGCUCCUUAAUCCAUGCAAGAAGCUUUCUGAAAUGAAUUUAUGUCACUAGUUUACCUUUUGCUACAAGUAUGAUCUUAUAUCCAAACAAAUUCUUUGCAAAACAUCAAGAUGUAUAUGGGAUAUUUCCUAUUUUUAAAUGUCUCCAGUAACACUGAUUUCAAUAUUUUGUCAUAAUAGUUAUAAUAUUGUUUACAUAAAAUUGAGAAGCACUUUGUUUCUUGUUUUUCUGUUCCUCUAUAUCAUAUAUUAAAUGCUCCAAAUUCUCAGAAGCAUUCUAUGAUCUGAAUGAGUGGGCAGAUUCAAGAAAGCAUUUUUACUGUUGAUGGUUGGUACAGAACAGUAGCUUCUUUUGGCACAGUUUUUUUACUGUAUUUUUGUUUAUGUUCUAAAGUUUCUAUCUUCCUUUAAUUGCAUCAGACUUUCGAUGUGGUAUUUUACAUCAGACUUUUGCUGUGGUAUUUUAACUCUCUCUCCCUCCCUCUCUCUCUCUCUCUCUCUCUCUCUCUCUCUCUCUCUCUCUUUCUCCCUCCCACCCUCCCUCCGGCCCUCCCUCCCUCCCACUCUCUUUGUGUGCAUGUGUUUUUGUGGAUGUGUGUGUGUUUCCAUGCUGUAUCAUUAUAUUAAUAUAAAUUUUAUUAUUACAGUUGGCAAACCUAUUGUUAUUGUCAGUGAAACACACUCAGUACCAAACAUUAUUAUUCAUAUUAACAUUGUUAUUAUUAUUAUUAUUAAUUAUAUAUAUUCAUUUCAAUUGAUAUUAAUCUACUUGCAUUUGGAUUAGUAUAUUGUGUGAUGUUCAGCACUGACACUAGCACAAAUGUUGACAUUGUACAAAGUAAGUGUGGGAUAUUAUGUUUAACAGUACAUUAGUGAAACCAUGACUGUAGUGGUGGUUUCUACAAAGUCACAAUGUAAAUAAUAUAACUGCCAUGUAUUAUGAUACUGAAAGAAAGAUUUUAUUUCUUUGAUUCACUUUUAUUUAUCAUUAUUUUACAGAAAGUAAUCUACAAUAUCAAAAUUCGUAAAACAAUAUGAGAAAAAUUGAAAGGAACUAAUACAGGUGUGGCUUUUUAUCUCCAUGAAACAGCAGUGUUCAUUUACUUUACCAUUUUAUAGAUACCUAUAUAUUGAAAUAGGUAAGGCAUUUCUCUUUGCCUGAGAGCCUCUUUUUUUCCUUUUCCGCACAUAAACAAAGUCUGUUAAUACUUGGUACAUAAAUUACAAACAAACUGAUAUGUAAACAGAGGGGGUGUCACAGUUUAUGUAUUUUGUAUAUUACAUUUUGAAUUUCUUCUUCUUUCAAGUAUACUGUACUGACUCUAUGUAAUAAAUUACUAGUGAGAGAGAACUGCAUAGGGAGAUCAGUAUUGUUAACAUCCAGUUGCAGUUUUACAGUGCUGUUUACAAGAAAUGGAGUACUGUUUUUAUUGAAGGUCUGAAAAAACACAUCAUGUGUAUAUAUGUAGGUAGAAAUGUUUAUAGUGUGUAAGAAAAAUGUAUUACAUAAACAAAUCCAUCUCUUCCUCUUUAAUACUGUAGUACCAAUCAACUGAAAAAUAGCUUGUCUUAAGAUAGUGCAUUCUUCUUCACUAAAGUAGGUUUCAGACUGGUGAAAACAAAGUCUAUUUACAACUGUUAGUGCUUGAAGUAAUAAAGUAGGGAUAUUCUGUACUAAUGACAUAAUUGUAUAGGCAGAUUUUCAGCAAAAUGUGUCAGUACAGCUUAGAGGGACCAGAGAUAUAUUUAAAUACAUUCCCUAUUUGUCUACCUACAACAUAUUAAACAGCACUGGUGUAACUGACUGUCAUAUUUCAUUAUUAGAACACCAAGUGGUGUUACAUGAAUAUUUUAUGGAGUUUACAGUUCUUUUAAAAUAUAUACCAGCACAGUGACAGAAUGAGUAAUUAUUGUUUAUUUUAUGUGCAUUCCAAUUAUUUUUAUUUUUAACUGCAAAUAACAAACCACAAAAUAUGUCAUAUUCUCUUAUAAGCACACGUUCAAACGAAAAUGUGGGAGCAAGAUAUUGGAAAGUGACAAAUGAAGCAUACUCUCAUUCAGAAAAUAUUUUAUUGUAAUUUUAUGUAAUAUCAUAGACAGACAUGUAAAGUAUAUGCUUACUGUAAUGGCAAAAGGAAAUAAAAUAUGGUUCAUUUCUUAA